CUAGUGAUCUUGAUUUUAGAGUGGGACAUCUACAAGUUAUCUCUUUAGCUUGGACAAUUACUACUACUUAAGAGACAUAUUCUUGUGUUUGGCCAAUGGUAUUUUGAUACAUCGAGUUGAACAGUGACAACGAGUUUAGUUUCUUUCCACAAAACAGAGGUCUCAACACGGCAUUCGUAUCCAAGAAAUUUCCUCAGAAAGUUCCCAGAAAUUUUCUGUUUUGACUUCUUGGAAUAAGUAGUUUCUUGGCACGUAAAUUUUGACUGACUUGUUGGAUGGAAUCAGCCUGUGGACCAUGUUUCUCGAUUAUGGAUCACAAUACCAAGAUAUCCGAAUAUAAACUUAGUGCACUUCUACUGUAUCCUCUACGCAUUCCAGACCAUAUACUGCCGUAGACCAAGGCUUCAUUCUUUAUAAACCGUGUAUCUUUCAGUCAGCAAUCCCCUUUAAAAUCUGUUGUUUAGAUCCCAUGUUAAUGUUUCAAUAGUUCAAGUGGGAUUCUCAUAUUUUGAGAUUUUGUAUCAUGCAAGAUUUUUGUUAAAAGUGAUAUAGCUCGAUGUCUCAUAACUAUGACAAUUGGGAAAGAAUAGUGGAAGCCGUGUUGCGGAGAGAACAUGACCGGGAACUUGCUUUAGCUCAUUCCAGGGAAUCAAGUUUCAGCUCUAGUAUCAUAUCCGAUCCCAGUUCUCCAAUUCAUGAUAAUCAGAAUAUUCAACUCGGUUCUUCUUCUGAUACAGAAAAUGAAACAGAUUGGGAGAGAUUGCUUCUAUCUGAUUAUGAGGACAUCAUCUCCAGAUGUUUGGGUGACUCUCCAAUUUUACUUGAUGGAGGCAAAAUGAGCUUUCAUAUUGAUAAAACAACUGGGAAGAGAUGUGCUAUGAUUGGAGCAAGAAAACUCAAAAUUUUAUGGGGUGAAAUCCCAGAAUUCUGGAAGUUGACAUUGCACGAAGACUCCAGAUUCUUAACGGUGGCAGAGCUUAAUCAAGUUUUGAGGUUAGAUAUUCGAGGACAAAUAGAUACAAAUAUGCUGUCCCCAAGGACUCGUUAUGCAGCUUAUCUUGUACAUGGAUUCGCGAAUUCUUAUGAGGGUAGUCCCUUGUUAGUAAAUGCAAUUAUUUCUAAUAGAAUUAAAGAUGGUGAUGCUCAAAAGCAAGCUAGUCUUUUGCACCUUGGACCACCAAAAGAUAGAAAUGGGAAUAUUGCGAUGAGACCCGAUAAGUGGAUGGAGGUAGAAAUUGGAGACUUUUGUACUGAUCAAGAAGAUAACAGUGUUGUGGAGGUGCGAGUAUGGGAGAAUAAACAAUGUUUGAAGUCCGGCCUCAUUGUAGAAGGCAUUGAAUUUCGGCCCCCCAAUGCUAACAUUGUGAUUUUUCCAAAGAAAAAUGUGAGAAAGAAAAGAAACGGGAGUUGAGGAAUUUUUUCAAACCUUAGGAUUUCUGGAUGAAAUGAAUACAAAAUUCUGUGUCUCCGCCUGAUUUGUGUUCUUAUCACCUCCCAACUUGCUCAGCGCGGGGCUGAAGCUGCAAUGCUAGUGAUGCAAUAUUAGAAGAGAUAUUAGUUUCCAAUCUCAGUUGCAUUUUAGGAAACAUAAUUAGGUUUAAUUUAGUUGCUUUUAUUAUUUAUUUCCUACUUAGAAUAGAAUUAUUGAAUCCCUAUAUAAAGGGGUAUUAUGCUUUGUAGUAAAACAAAUUUGGAAUGAAUAAAAUUGAUAUCUUUCUCCCCGA